UAUUUACAUCAUUGAUUUGCCUUAAUGCUAUUCAUUUUAAUAAUUCAAUUAUCGUAGUUAAUUUCGUCGUCUAAUAGUUGACUGUGGGUGAAUCGAUAAACAAUAAACAUGAAGAAGGCGAUCGAAUUGAUUUACUUCUCGUCUUUGAUUACAUUGUUUUCCAUGUCGUAUAUCGAUAUGAAAUAUUUGGUCUCACGAUCUGAAUUGGAUGAAGUUUGUUCAAUGAGUGUCCGUUUAUUGUCCAGUGGUUGGAAGGAGGAUCAAAUCGAACCAAUUUUCUUUCACAAGUUGUUACAAUUUAAUCGACAAUCGAAACCAGGUAAAAGUCUUCCUCUUGGAUACUUACCCUCUGAUAUACGAACUCGUGCUGGACCAAAUUCUCAAUCAGGAUCAUUCAACCUCAAUGUUGGAAAUUUUAUCAACGCAACAGUCAACCUGAUGGAAUGCAUAUCUAUAGGGAAGCGAAGGAGGAAGCGAGGAGCUUGCUUGCCAUUAACUGACCCAUGUCCAGUCAUAAAUUUUCCCGAUGAGGUUGAUUUUGAUGAUGAAAAGCAAAUUAAUUCGCUAACCCAACAAAUUAGAUUGAAAAAAGAUUUUUUCCAUAAAUGUGAUCCCGAACUACUUUCAGCUCCUCUUCAAAUCAAUCAAUCGUAACAAAAUAAAGAUCUUUCAUCAUUUCUAA